GUAAACCAGGACAUAACGAAAGACACAGUGUAAUCGAGAAAUUCUGCGAGAAUUGAUAUGUUAUUGAAUACUGCCGUAAACUUCAACAAUGUUUUUAUCAGCUCAAGUUAAAGAAUCUCAAGUUUAAGUCGACGAAUGAUAUAAAAGAAGAGGCAAAGACGGCCAAAUUAUGAAUAACGAAGAUAAACCGACGAGAAGAUUAAGUCGUUACAACACUCGACGCUCUUCAAUUGGCAAUGUCCAUAAGCCUUAUGAACACUUGUUGCUUAAAGAGUUGCCAGGGGCGAAAAGGUCUAAUGCUGCUAUGCACGCAGUUCUGGAAAGUGCGCUAGAAGAUAACAUGAACGACAGUAUACAUGAAGCACAGAAAGUUCGUAACCACGCUCUUAUCCACUAUCUUGCAUCAUUGGCAAACUCUAAUAAUAAUGACGAUAUCUUCGAUUUUGAUUUCGUGCAAUCAUUGAUUGAAAAUGGUGCAGAUGUAAAUAGCACCGAUAAAAGUGGACAAAGUAUUUUCCAUGAAGUGGCACGUUCUUGGAAUUUGGAUGUGGCUUUGUUUCUGCUGGAACACGGUGCUGACUUGAACCAGCAAGAUAAAUUUGGACGCUCGCCGCUUCACGUAGCGGCUGCAGUAGAUUAUUCAGACAUGGUUCGUUUCUUAGUGAAACAUGGUGCUAACAUCAAUAUAACCACUUACGGCGAAGAACAAAUGCCGAUACACUUUGCUGCUAAGAAUGAUGCGUGCAAAUCUCUCAAGAUGUUGCUAGGAUACGGAGCAAAUAUUGAUUCACGCGACAGUAAGAACAGAACUCCGCUACAGGUCGCUGCAGAAAUGAACCGUGCAAAGUCAGCAAAAUUACUAGUCCAACAUGGCGCCCCAGCAGGUGUUCAUGACAACAUGGGUAAUUCUGCUUUAUCACUCCUGAUUGAAAAACUGCCAGAUGUGGCCAUUGAGGCUCUCGAUCAAUUUCAUUCUGUCAGUUCAAUCAACCGCAAAGAAUUUUUCUUCUUGAACUAUUUGGAAGGAAAUCGCUUGCAAGACCCGAAAUCCCCAGCUUAUUCAGCUCUAGAGAUUGCUGUUCAGAACCAGGAAUUUGAUAUCAUACUUCAUCCAGUCAUGAAACGACUCAUUGAUGUUAAGUGGCAGCAAUUUGGCCGCAACGGGGCCGUGAGUAAUCUGGGACUGAACUUACUUUAUGCCAUACUGUGGACGAUACUUGGUGUGACGUCAACGACGAACGGAGAUGAACUGUACCUCCCGUGGUCGCGCAAGGCAUGGAGACUUGUUCUCUCUGGAGUUGUAUGUCUUAUGACAAUAGACGAAGUACGCAGGCAAAUAACAGGAACACUAAAAACCAGGAACCGUCAGAAGAAAUGGAUCUCCUGGAGAGCUUCUGAACUUGAAGAAGAUUUGUCAUUUUGUCAUCCUCGUUGGCCGCAGGAGGAACUUUACCUGAAAUCUGAAAUAAAAGCUAUUCGAGACACCCCAUUGAUCUCUUCCGGUGAUUCCUGGAUAUAUUUUGAUUGGUUUUCCUUGAUCCUAAUUCUCGGAACUAUUGCCAGUCACUUGGUCUUCGUGAACAUCGACAGUUCUUUAUCGCAAGUAGUUCAUGCACGUAUCAUUACCGUGCUCUUGCUUGUUUUAUGGCUGCGAAUAAUGCAAUAUGCAAGACCGUUUGAAGGUGCUGGGCCAUUUGUUGCGAUCUUCGGCCAUAUUAUUAAUGACAUAGUGAACUGGGGCAUUUUGACGUUGCUUAUUACAAUUCCUUACGCAUGCGCAUUUUGGAUUACCUUCGGAGAUGUGUCGCGAAAUCCAGUUGAAAGUUACAGCGACGUAUCGUCACUCCUCUAUGAGCUGUUUUCAAUGAUUGUGGUAAAUGAUCAUGAUUUUGAGGCACUACAAGCCGCUGAUGCUAUGAUGGCUCGAUUACUUUGUGGUAGCUAUAUAGCUUUAAUGGCGAUUAUCAAUUUGAACAUCCUCAUUGCGCUAUUAUCAGAUACGUUCACACGCGUCUAUGGAAACGCCGUUGCUAAUGCGGUAAUGCAACGAGCGAAAACUAUUCUUUUCCUAGAGAAAUCGUUGUCAAGAAAACGAAAACGCAGCUAUGAAGAAUUCAUUAAGAAUUUUGGAAGUCCAGAAUCGGUUGAUCUUGCGCGAGAUAUUUCAGCAAAUACCGACCGAGAUGAACAGAAAGCAGCGUAUAUGCUGAGGGAGAGCGUGCAAGAAAUUCAUAAUUUAAUCCAUGAAAGAUUCGGAAAGCAGUAUGGAGAAGGGAAGAAAUGGCUGGAAAUUAGAUCACAUAAAAGAGAGUCUGGAGAAAGUCCACGAAGGCAGUGUUCCAGGAAAGUGUGGCUGUAAAGGGGUAAAGCGAAAGGU